AUGAAGCUUCCAACGCUUGUUUUCGUGCUAGCCGCUGCAGCAUCGGCAGUUUCUAUCCCGACCUGCAAGAAUCCAACGGUACUGUGCAAGUAUGUGUCUCCGCGGAACGCUGGAAGAUGCUCUGGUCUCAUCGACGCCAAGAAGAUGAAAGUCGCAACUUGUCAAGCUGUAGCGCCGACCAUCACUUCGACCCGCACGAUUCAACCCACUGCUUUUGUAACGAGAACCAUUUAUCCACAGGAGGUUACCAAGAAAAUCGAGAAGACGAUCACAAAAGCUGGGCCGCCUAUCACGCAGCCAACACUUAAACUAACGGUUACAUCGACACAAAUCGUCGAGACUACGGUGAUUGACACUACAGUCUCCACGGCAACUUCAACGGCUGUAACGACGGAGUUUGAAACAACAUGGACGACUAGCACGGUGACUGAGCUCAGUACUUCCACUGUGAGCUGGGUAAAGCCGUAUUGCGGUGUUCGCCGAAAGAAGCGAUGCGUCGAUUUGCGCGACAUCAAGAAGCGCAACGAUCGUCGUGCACCCCUGCCUGAAGAAUGCUCUUGUUUCCUCACAUCAACCCAGCCUUACCAAUCAACACAAACAGCUACCGUCACCGUCAAGAAGUCUCCCUGCACCGAGACGACCUACGUGGAGAAAAGCCAGGCUCGGACCGUUACCAGGACCGUCACAUUCACCAAAUAUACUGGCGGAAGAACCCUAUGUGCACCCGAGGCCACCGAGACCGUCAUCCAGACCGUCACUCAAACGAUUCACACUUUGACGACUAUAUUUGACACAUCGGUCACCACAUCGACGCAACACGACACAACUACAAUUACGGACACUACAGCCACCACUGAAAUCGUGAUCGAAACCGCCGACCCUUGCGAUGACGUCUCUGAAGACGCUGGAUACAUGUAUCGGAUGAACCAGCUGGCCAAUGAUGUGGUUGGCGAGACAAGUAACGGUCUGACUGUGAACGAGUGUUGCAGGAGCUGCUAUGGCAAUCCGAGCUGCGCCUACUUCAGGCACAAGGUUGAGCCCGAGCUUGAGUGCACCAAUUAUUUCAUCAGCGAUGAUGCGACAGAGCUAUAUUGUCAGGGCUUAACAGACAUGUGCCCUGUGGGAUUUGUCGUGUAUGCAAAACAGGGACCGACGGUUGACCCUGAUUUCGAUUAUUGGUGGGGUCCCUGCCUCGGCUUUGCGCCACAACAGCGGUAA